GAGCGUCUCAGAGAAAGUCAUGCAAUAUUACCAAAAUCGUCCACGAGCGUACAUCAUAGAUAUUUUAAAAAGUGUUUAAAACGGAAAGAUUAUCCCAUAAAAGUCCAAAUUUUGAAUUCAAUUUCUUGCUGGUGUUGUUCUAUUUUUAGCUGUGACCUAAUUUGAAUAAUGGCCCAAAUAUGUAUUAAAAACCAAGAAAAAUUAUGGAAAACAAUGCAGUUUGAGCACUAAAAAAAGAAAAUAAAAGAAAAUUUAUCACAAUUGUUUUAUUUAUAUAUAUGUUACGUAAAACUUCAUUUUUCAUAAUACCAAUUUAAAUUAUUAAAAACUGCCCAUAGAACCAUGAAAAAGAGAUUUUGAAAACUGGCAGUUUGCCAAUUUUGCUAAAUGUAUAAAAAUAAACAACUUUGAUAGAGGUAUAAAUAUACCUGUAAACGCCUGCAUCUUCAAAAUUUAUCAUGAUUUUUUAAGGAGAAGGCAUAAGUGUUUAUUUCUCAAAAAUCCACUUUUGGACUCUCAAAGAAUAACACGCAAUGAUAAUAUAUUGACUGAUACAUUCCAUCAAAAUAAGCAUAUUCUAGCAUAUUAUUAAAUAUAUUUAUAUUUCAAAAAAUAAGUUAUUAAAUGGAUUUUGAAAGAAUAAAUUAAUUAAAAAUUGAUAUUUUCUUGUCAUAAAUAUUUUUUAUAUUGAUAUUAUCGCUCCCCAAACCUGUAAAUUAAUUUUUGGUUGUGAAAUAUGAUUUGUAAGAUUUACCUCCCCUUUGAUGCAAUCUCUAGGCAGAGGAGGUUAAAAAAGUGAAGAGACGCCAAAUGGAGGUCACAUUGAAAACAUCAUUUAUGACAAUGGGGUGAAUACAAGUUAUUUGAUCAUUAUGACCUUAUAAUUUUCCAUCAGAAGGAACUAUGAGAUUAUUUUAAUUUAGCUUGACCUAUUUGUUCAUGAAAAUGGGUGAAAACGCACUAGGUUUAGCAGCUGAAUGUCCUGCUAUAUGUAACUUUUUUAAUGGAUCCGGAGGAUCUGAAUGUGAUCUUGCAAACAUUUGUUCUGUUUAUGAGUGUGACAGGGAUAUUAUGAAUCACUUAUACAGUUUACAAAGUGCACAAAUUCUAGACAGGUGUGUGUCUAAUGCUCACAUAUGUCCUGAGUACAAAGGAAUAUUGUAUCGAAGUGGGUAUUUCAUCAUCGAUAAGGCAGUGCUUUCUAUGAAAAUAUGUCUGAAGCACCGCGAAGAGUUGGGAGCACGGUGGAAAAGAUCAAAGAGAACUUGUUCUUAUCCUGGUCAUCGGGGUAAUAUGAAAGCUGACAGAGGGGCCAGUCCAACAAUGUGUAAAGAACUCUGGUUAAAAACAAGACAGAUUAUACCAGUAGGAUCAGCAAUUUGCAAAAGGUGCUCAAUGGAUCAUAAGAAGAAUGUGUCCCCAUCAUACAAUGUAGAGUAUGUAGAAGAACUAGAGUGGUGUAGACAGAUUUGUAGAAUUCUUCACACAGACAACAGCACAAAAUCAAAAAUUCAUGGUGAACAUCUACAGUCCUACUUGAUUGACAUACAAGUGCCACAUGUACCAGCUAUAGUUGAAAACAAAGAAACAGCAUUUGAUAUUGAUGUACACAGUGUACCAAGUUCACAAGACACAGACACAGUGGGUACAGACAUGGAGUUUGAAAUUCUCUGUAAGUGUAUGCAUGCAGAUAAAUUAAGCCACAAAUCAAUUACAUUUGAUGUUGGACAAGUCUGUGUUAGAAUGAGUAACCCAAACAUUCAAAAUGAAAUGGAGGAGGAACAGAACCAGGAUCAGGACCAGGGGCACCUGAAUAAUGAUUUGUAUGCAUGUCCAGAUCCCUAUUGCCAGAAACAGUAUGUGAGGUCUGCUAACCUUGAGAAACAUCUAGCAUUAGGCAAUCACCUUUACAGAGGAAAGCUGAAGAAACCGAAAUUGAUUGUGGCAUCAAAAUCUGGGUUGAGAAGUGUUCUGCCAUCCGAGAGAAAUAUGCUCACAUUUGUGAGACAGUGUUGUCUCAGAGUCGUGAUACAGGUAUCUUUUCCCAAAGUUCAGGAGGAUGGGCAUUGA